AUGCAGCGCACCGGCACGCAGCCCUGCCGCGCCGACCCCUCCAUCGACCAGUGGCUGACAGGGCCCUCUUCGGUGGAGCUCCUUCGGCCGCCUAAGGCUGAGACGGUGGCCUAUUUGGAUGGCAAAGGUCCUAAACCCGCUCGCUACGCCCGGGUAACGGUCGCCACCAACUCCUCAGUGGUGGAGUACAAGGUGGGUCCUAUCACUGAUCUGAAGAACGCUCAGAUCGAGGUCCUGGUGCCUGCAGGGGCCAUCCCCUAUUCCAAACGUCCAGGCUUCGAGGAGACGGCCUUUUUGCACGAAAUCUACGAUGCCACGGUGCGUCGCUUGGGUGCGCCUCUGCUAGUGAAGGCCUUCGGAAUGAUCUGGCCGCAGCUGGCCGAGCAUGGAGGAUAUGUGCCGAACGUGGGCACUGUGACCACCUUGCCGCGGAACGACCCCUUGGCGCCGGCCGGCACCCGGCGCAUCCGCAUCAAGAGCGCGGUGGUGCCCCCGGCACCCUCGCGGCCGGAUGCGCAGUGGCUCUACCCUUUGCCCUUGGAUAUGGAGGUGAAUGUCACUGCCUGGAACGUCUCAGAGUGGUCCCUGAACCACAUCACCUUCUGUGGUCAAGGCCCCUUUGACUCACCGGAAAGCGUGCUCGAAGCUUAUCGAAGCGGGAAGCUCCAGCUGUGUCACCCAGAUUUCUCCAACCAGGGACAUUGGGACACGCCGCAGAAGGAAACCCCGCAGGCGCGCGGUGCUCGGACGGUGAGCGGCCACAAUGGCGUGGCUUGGGGCGCCUGGAGCUUCAGCGUGACUCAAAGGCCCUCCACUGGUGUGGCCAUCACGGACAUCCGCUUCCGCGAUGAGCGGAUUGUGUACGAGUUGGCUUUGAUGGAUGCGCAGGCGAUCUAUGGAGGAGCCCUGCGUGAUCAGUUCAUGUAUUCCGAUAGCGCUUACACCUUGUCUCAGUGGAGCGCCUCCCUUGAGCCGGGCGUCGAUUGCCCCAGCGAGGCCACGUACCUCUCAGCGGUCAACUGGAUGGGUCCUGACAUGAAUCGGGAACCUGACCCCAGGAAGGCGCAAACCUUCUGGCCGAUUUGCAUCUUCGACUGGGCCGAAGACCAUGAGAUCUGGCGCCACAUGGACGGAAAUCACGUCCGCGGCCUGGUGCGGAAGACUGUCGUGGUGAGGUCCAUUGCCACGGUGGGAAACUACGACUACAUCAUGGACGUCAAGUUCCGAGACGAUGGCGAGAUCCACGUGGAGACGCGCUUUGCCGGAUAUCCCGAGACCCGCUUCCCGGGAAAGGGCGAAGAGGCCUUCUCCACUUUGGUGCGUGAUGGCGUGGCUGGAAUCGUCCACACGCACAGUGUGGCGUGGAAAGCCGACAUCGAAAUCGCAGGCGGAUCGAAGAAUGCCUUGCACGUCACGGAGGUCCGGGAACACGCAUCUGAAGGGCUUGGUGUGGAUUGGAAGGCCGAUCCCAAGGAGCCCAGCUUCCCCACCAAGAUCCUGCAACAUCGCUACGUGGAGCGCGAAGGCGGUCGGUCCGCACAGCUGGACCCGUCGGGGCAUGUGCCGAAAGCUUGGGCGAUUGUGAAUCGAAACAGCUCGGUCUCCCGUGGCAGCCACAAGAAUCCUCGUGGCUACAGGAUCGAGUUGCUCUCCUUCGCGACGGGUCAAGUGCAUGGCGCCUCGCAUCCCUUUGUGCGGGCCAUGCCCUGGACGAAGUAUCAUUUGGCGGUCACCAAGUACCAGGACAACGAAUACCGGCCUUCCUCACCCUAUGUGAAUUUUGAUGGACUUCAGCCAUUGACCGGCGCAUAUGCGCAGGAUUUGGACGUCUUCUUGUCGAACAAUGACUCGCUUCUGGAUGAAGACUUGGUCGCUUGGAUCGGACUCAACAAGGAGCACAUCGUGCGGCAGGAGGAUUUGCCCUUGGUCUCCAACUUCGGAGUCUCCUUCUCUUUGCAGCCCUGGAACUUCUUUGACCUCAACACAGCCUCCAAUCCUCCCAGGGAGCUUUAG